UAAUAAUUAAGUCAAAAAAUAAAGACGAAAAAUAAAAUAUCUGCGCCAAUGGAUACUAAUUUAUAAUAGCUCUAAAAUGAUAGAACUUCAUUGAAUAACAGCAGAGUCAGUAACGCUGAAAGAAAUCAAAUCAAAAUUGCUGAUAAUGAUGAAUAGAACAAGUCUCUCAACGUAAGAACUCAUAAAAAGAGACUUGACAUAACAUCUCAUAACUUAGAAACUGACAACUUACAAGAAGAUUAAAUUUCUCCAAAGAAGCCUAGUGAUUCAAUUCCUUAGACAAUAGUCAACACAGAAGCUCCAUAGUUAGUUGCUGUGAAGGCAAGCUCAAACAAGAAAAAAAUCUGGAUCGGACUAGGUGUAUUCUUUGUAAUUGCCAUACUUGUUGGUGGUAUAGUAGCUUACACUCAAGUCAAUAAAUCAGGAAAAAGCGGUUCAGGUAGCACUCCUUUUGUACCUGUUAUAUAAGUCCCAGCUAACUACGCCAAGUUCUAGUCCUCUAUUGAUCAAGGAUAAGAAAAAAACCUUGUAAAAAUCAUUCAAGUCCCAGAAACUCUGAAAUAUUAUGACUACACAUUAAAUAAUGAGUAAACAACUACUGGUGGUGAUGGAAAAGCUAAAGUCUCUAUCUCAACUAUCAUUCAUAGAAUUGGUCUUUUCUGUUCUUCAGUUGAUGAUCAUGAAUUCGAUAUGUACUUAUUCUUUAAAGAAACUACUAUGAAAGAUGAUGGUAAGAUUACUAACACAUAUUAAGGAUUCCCAGGAAUGCUUAACUUGAACAGCAACAACUCUACAGGAAGAUUCUUAAAGAAAGAUGAAUAAGUAAGCUAAUAAAACAGUGAAUUCCUUGCCUCUUCAUCUAUUUAAUCACUUGCCAACGAAUAUAACCCAUUAACUCAAAAUGAAAUUGAAUUGUUAAAGAAAAAGGGCAUUUCUGUAGAAUAAUACUUAACUUCAUCUUAUCCCAUCAUUAGAUUUAAGCUCGGAAAAGAUGGUAGCAUUCUCAGAAUUUAUCUCCCUAUCAAUAUGAGAUACGAUUUACUCUAAGUCUACUUGAAUGUCAUGGAAUAAAUUGCUCCAAUCGUUAAUUCUGAAAAUUACAAAAUUAACUAAAAAGAUUCCAAUGGAAAGAGCAGAGUUUUGGAAGCUAAAAACUAAUUCUUCUAAAGAAUUCUUGACGAGGUCGUACCUGCUGAUAUGGAAGCUACAGUCGAUGAAAACGGUUAAGGUUUAUUAAAAAAAUCUUUCAACUAAGACAAAUAGAGCUCAGGUAGCGGUAAAGAAUCUCUUUCUUAUACUUAAAAUUCUAAGAUUCAAAACGGUGCUUUGCUUGAAAGUAAUGUCAAUUCUGGUUUUUCUAUGUCUGAUAACAAGAGCUCAACUAGCCAAGAUGAUAUGUCAGUCAUUAAAGGAAUUGAUCUUAAAUCAGAUUGCUCCAUUAAAUUCGCUGAAAUGAUUGAAAAUGUUCCUUAAGAACAAAUUAAUUAAAUUAUCUCUACUCAAACCAAAAUGUCUACUUGGGACUACACUUUAUAAUAAGCUUAAGAUGCUCACGCUGCUAUGUUCAAGAAAUCUUAAGCAUCAGGUAUUCCUGAAGAUAAUGAAGAUGACUAGCCUAAAGGUAGAUUUUUGGCUGCUGAUAAGGUUAUUGGAGAUACCAUCUACAAACCUAUUUACAGAAAGAAUUUCGCUUCAAUGGAAUUUGGUGCUGAUUUGAAAUCUGAGUGUGUUGAAUCUGGAAUGAUCGGUGAAGAUGAUAUCUGUACUGUUGGUCUUUAUAGUUUCUUCAAUAAUUCUACUUAAAAGCUAGUUGAAAAAAAGACAAGAUUGAAUGUUUCAAGAAUUUUAAAAUAUUAUCAAUAUAUCUAACAUAUUCUUACUUUCAAGAUGGAUGAAGCUAAAACCAUUGUAUCUACAAAAUUAAACAAAAUCAACGAUUCUCUUAAUGGAGUUCUUGACUAAUUAGAAAUGUUGAUUGAUGUCCAACAAAACCCUGUUAUCAAGGAUAUCUAUAAUGCUAUUAACAAUGAUGAAUUACAAAUCAUUUCAACUAUUUAAAACUUUGAAAAAUUGAUCAACCUUUCUCUUAAGAAUAUUGGUGAAUUGAUCAAGGAUCCUUUGAAUACUUUAAAAGAACGUACUUUCUCUUUCCUGGCUGAGAAAUAAAUCAAUAUCGAAACUCAAAUCAAUUCAAUUCAAAACUUCUACGUUAACAAGCUCCUCAAAAUUAAGGACUUUGUUAUGAAGGCCAAGAAGGAUGGCAUAGAUGAAAAGACUUACAAAAAGAUUAAAAAUAUUUUAGAAAACAUUGACGGUGUUAUUGUAUAGCUUGUUGACAAACCAGCCAAAUAGCUUCUUGAAAAAGCUGAAGUUAUGAUUAACGAAUAAGCUAGUAAGAUCUUUGCUCACAAUAGCGAACUUGAUAAGAAGGUUAAUUCUCUUACUGACUCUGUCACUCAAUAAGUCCCUGCUUAGUUGAAAAAAAUGUUAGGUUCUGGUUUCUUAGCUGAUUAACUUCAAUCUUUUGUUCAAAAGGGUAUUUAAGAAGUUGUUCAAAAGGUUAACAUCACUGACAUCCUUUCAACCUAAUUUAAAAAAGUAGUUGGAGGAAUCAAAAACGAAAUCCUCAACCAAAUGGAUACUAUUGCUAAAAAAAAUGAUGCUACUGUUGAUGCUGAUAUCAGAUAACUUCUUGAUGAAGCUACUCAAGUAUAUACUUUCUCUGCUGACUUAUAUUCUGGUUUCCUCUAGCUUAAGGAUGAUGUUAAAACUAUUGUUGAAUAAUUGAAGAAACUUCAGUCUGAAAAUGUUUACAAGGUUCUUCUUGACUUAACUAAAAGUCUCACUGGUUUCCCUACUGAUUUGGCAUAAAAACUUCUUGACCAAGGAAAAAGUACUGCUGCUAAGGUUGUUGAAAUUAGUAAGAAUAUGAAGGCUAAUGUUAUUAAAUACCAACAAGACAUCACAUCAAAAUCUCUCUAAUUGCUCAAUGAUAUGAAAGACAUUUAUAAAGAAGUUAAGGCUUUCCUUAACAAAAGAGAUUUCCCUGAAGAUACUGCUGAAUAUUAUAGUACUCCUUUAUUUGAUGAAGUAUCUACCAUUAUCUAGAAUGCUACCCAAAUCUUCAACAUAAAUUACUCUAACAUCACAAACACUUAUGAACGUUUCAAAUAAGUUCCAAAUAAGUUCUAAAAAUUCAUUACUGACUUGAAGAAUCUUGGUGACCGCUCCAUGGAUUAUUUCAAUUAAGUUAAAAUCUCUUUCCAAAAUAUCAAGACUGAUAGUAAAUUAUUCUGGAAUGAACUUGUUGCUAAAUAUGCUCAAGUUACUAAUAAGAGAAUGCUUUAAAAAGGUACUCCCUAGCUUCCAGGAAUGGUUAAUGAUAUUCGUUAAAAGAUUGCUGAUUCUGUUAAAUCUUAUACAUCUAACCUCUCCACUCUUUUUGAUGAAAACUUCAAAAAUGAUAUAUUGACUAAGGUUUAAGACACUGUAAGUAAAUCUGUUAAAACCGUUGUAGAAGACAAGCUUAAUCAAGCUAAGGAAGGUAAUUUCUAAGGUCUUUUAGAUGUUUAAAAUCUCUACUAAUCUUUGAUUGCAGAAUUGGUUAAGAACUUUGAAUUUGAAAAGAAUUUAGUAUUCCCUCCUGUUAAACUUCCUGUUGAAUACACUUAUGUUUAUCCCACUCCUAUUGGUGUCACUCUUAAGCUAAAAAUCUAUGCUUCUUGGGAUACUAACAUCCGUUUUAAUGCUCUUUUUAAAAAUGCUAUUUUAGAUUUAGGUGCAAGUGUUUCCACUAAGGUUAAUGUUGGUGGUGAAGUUUCUGCUUCUGUUGUUGUUGCUGAAGUUGGUGGAUAUUGUGAAGGUACUUUCUUAGAUACUACUCUAACUGCAGGUAUUAAUGUCUAAGUCCUUAAAAACUUUGAAGGUAAUCUCUUUGUUGACGCCUAAUUUAGUCCAUAUGACAUCAGAUUAGGUCUUUACUAUUCAACCAUCUUCUCAAAAUAAACUGUAUAAUGUGCAAAGGAUGUUGUUAACGGUAAGAGAGUUUUAGGUGCUCUUGAUAAAGUUACUGAUUUUGUCAAGUCUAAUGUUGGUGCUAUUGCUAAUAGCUCUGAUAACCCUGUUGUUAAGAAGGUUACUGAUACUGCUUCUUGUGUAUAAGGUACUGUCUCUCAACCUUAAAGAAAUAAUAUUUUUGAACCUUUAGCACUUAAGGGUGAAACUUACAAGAAACGUCUUGUUGAUAUCUCUAUCAGACGUAGUUCAAACAAUGAUUAGAAAAAGAGAAGAGAACUUUGA